UAAAGCUGCGUAGCAUUUGAACUCUUUGCUCAGCUAUGCAGUAGUGAAGAGGAUUAACUCAAGCCAAGCGCCAGUUUUGGCAUUUCAUCCAUCCCUGACGGAGAGAGACUACCCAAAGCUACCUCUUUGCCUCUCUUCAUCUAAAUCUCCUCUUUACUCCCUUCCUGUUCUCUUUUUCUCCUUCUGUCCUUUACCCCCCUCAUUUUCAAUUAUGACUCUGUUAUCAGAAGAUCAGUCUGUGAGACCCCAACCCUGUCGGAUCUCUGAGCCUGGCAAACACAUCAGCACUUCUCUGCACCAGUACUCAACAGACUGCAAUGGCAGCAAUGUGGACUACGUAGACAGUGUGGAAGACUCUGUCUUUGGAGCUGUGGAGCCUCACAGGCGCUCUCGGGGGCGCCUUAUUCUCCACGGCCUGGUCAUGUUUGGAAGGGAAUUCUGCUAUGCCGUGGAGGCAGCUUUUGUCACGCCGGUGCUCCUGAGUGUGGGCCUGCCCCAGAGUCUGUACAGCUUGGUGUGGUUGAUCAGCCCCAUCCUGGGCUUCCUGCUCCAGCCCAUCAUCGGUUCAGCCAGCGACUAUUGCCGCUCGCCGUGGGGCCGGCGGAGGCCUUACAUCCUGGCACUGGGCAUCCUCAUGCUUGUGGGAAUCACCCUGUUCCUUAAUGGAGAUGCUGUCAUCUCAGCACUCGUCAGAGAUAGGUCGCUGAAGAGCAUAUGGGCCAUCGUGGUGGUGAUGUUUGGAGUCGUGCUGUUUGACUUUGCUGCAGACUUCAUCGAUGGACCCAUUAAGGCCUACCUGUUUGAUGUAUGUUCACAUAAAGACAAGGAAAGAGGCUUACACUACCAUGCUCUCCUCACAGGCCUGGGCGGAGCAUGUGGUUACCUGGUGGGAGCUAUGGACUGGGGUCACUCUGCGUUGGGCCGUCUCCUUGGAUCUGAGUACCAGGUCAUCUAUUUCUUCUCAGCGCUGACCUGGGGCAUCUUCCUCACUGUGCACCUCUUCAGUAUUCCAGAGCAACCUCUGGGCAAGGCACCAUCUCCGUCUGAUUCACCAUCCAGCCCUCUUCGCCUACUGAGCUCUCAUAGCAAUAGUUAUGGAGCACUUAAGGAGCCUGUCUCUCCUGUAGUCUCCGCAUCUGUCACAGAUCUCAGGCCCAGAUCUUUCUCAGCCCUGGGAGAAGCCAAUUCAAUGACCUCAAGUGUCAAACAGCUAAACAAAGAGGACCAGAAGAAGAUAACGUUCAGGUUGCUGAUAAAAGCUAUUGUCAAUAUGCCAAGUCACUACCGCUACCUGUGUGUCAGCCACCUGCUGGGAUGGACAGCGUUCCUCUGCAAUAUGCUUUUCUUUACCGAUUUCAUGGGACAGAUUGUGUAUAAGGGGAAUCCGUACGCCGAUCACAACUCUACCGCCUAUGCCACAUAUGAGAGGGGAGUAGAAGUUGGCUGCUGGGGAUUGUGCAUUAAUGCAGUGUCCUCUGCUCUCUACUCAUAUGUGCAGCGCUUCCUCCUCUCAUACAUCGGGCUGAAGGGAUUAUAUUUUAUGGGCUACCUUGUGUUUGGAUUGGGCACCAGCCUGAUUGGCCUUUUUCCCAACAUCAUAGCAACGCUCGUCCUCUGCAGUGUGUUUGGUGUUAUGUCGAGCACACUCUACACCAUCCCAUUCAACCUGAUAGCAGAGUAUCAACGUGAAGAGGAGCAACAACUGAAGCUGCACGGAAGCAAUAAAAGUCCUCGAGGUUCGGGAAUGGACUGUGCCGCCCUCACUUGCAUGGUCCAGUUGGCUCAGAUCAUCGUGGGCGUGGGGCUCGGUGCUCUGGUCAACGCAGCAGGAAGUGUGAUCGUGGUGGUCCUCUCGGCUUCGACCAUGUCUCUGCUCGGCUGCAUCUUCAUUGUCCUCUUCAUCAGAUAUGUGGAAUGAAUGAUU